AUGGAAGUCACAUAUGGACCCCCACGAUAUGUUAUGAAUAAUCGAAUGAUUCCUCACGCCCUUUAUCCAACUCCUAACGCUCUUUAUCAUAUUCGUGGUAGAAAUCAACCUAUGAUGACUAUCCAACCGACAUAUGCUUAUGUCCAAGACAACCACUUUAUUCAUCACGAAAAUAACAUCAACCAUGUACCAAUAAGAAGAGACAUAAUGCCUACCGAUAGAUGGUUUGAUGCCAAUUUCGAAAGAAAUCAAUCAGUUCGAAAUAUUCGAAAUAUCUUGCCAGCUUAUGCUUAUGCACAAGACAACCGCUUUAGUCACCACGAAAACAUCAACCAGGUUCCAGUAAGAUGGUUUUAUUCCAAUCUUGAAAGACGUCAAUUUGGGAGGAGUAUCCGAAAUGUGUUGCCAACUUAUGCUAAUGUCCGAGACAACCACUUUAUUUUUCAAGAAAACAACAUCAACCAAGUUCCAAUAAGAAGAGAAAUAAUACCGACCCAUAGAUGGUCUGGCACCAAUAGAGAGACAAGUCGACAUAGGUUGAACACUCGAGAUGUCUUUUCAGCGGAUGUUUAUGGCCAAGUUGACCACUAUAUUCUUCAGGAAAACAACACCAACCAAGCUCCAGUAAGAAGUGGCAUUAUACCUACCCAGAGAAGGAAUAACACCAAUUUAGAGAGAAAUCAACCUAGGUUGAGUACUCGAGAUGUGUUGUCAGCUGAAGCUAAUGUUCAAGAUGAUCGCUUUAUUUUUUCUGAAAGAAACAUCAACCAAGCUCAAUCCGAAAGAGAUGUUGAAGUUUCUAAGAGACAUCAUCAUACCAAUCUUAAGAUAAUUCAAGUUGAAGAAGGAACAAAAGAUUCUGAAACCAUGACAUGUUCAAUUUGCCUUGUAGAACUUUUAGUUGGAUCGAGAGCUAUCCAGUUGCCUAGUCCAUGUUUGCAUGUCUAUCAUGAAGAUUGCAUUCUUAAGUGGUUGGAUAUAUCUAACACGUGUCCUUUGUGUCGUAGAAAUGUUCGAUGA